AUGCGAAAAUACGGAAGAAAUAUUAAAAAACUAAGCUUAAAAUUAAUUAAAGAAAUAUAUUCUGAAUGGUGUCAUAUAGGGAUCAAACAAAUGACAAACAGGAUAUCUCCUUAUUAUACAGCUAAAGAACAAAACCAGGGGGCAAGGAAAAUAUGGACGAAUGUCACAACUAGGACCGGCAACGGAACAGUUCGAAAUUAUGUCAAUAGAUACCAUUGGAGGCUUCAGAGGACAAAAAUCAAUAAAAAGAUACCUGCAUCUGCUAGUGGACCAUUUUACAAGAUACGUGUUUAUGAUAACAUCAAAAAUCCAGAGUGCAACGGAUUUCAUCAAACAGUCUCGAGUUCAAGUAGAAGUCGAGAAAAGGGCAAUAAGGGAUCGAGGAUCCUCACCCGAGUAUCACAGAGACCUCGGGCAAAUUCUACGACAAAGGCCAGCGCAUUUAAGAGAGUAGCCUCAAGACCGCCGCAGUUGUUUGAAGAAGGCCUCAAAAGACCGAGGCAAGAGGCGACGACGACCGAAUCCCCCAAGUGGACGGAGGUCGUGAAGAAGAAAAGAAAUAAGGAGAAACCAGGGACGAAGGCGACGAAACACCUACAUCAGGAGAAAAAGAAGCCGAGCAAAUCGGAGCAUAGGCCGAGAAAGAGAACUAGGCCGGACGCAAUCCGCCUGAAACCUGCGCAAGGAAAAUCUUACGCAGACAUAGUCGGGGUCAUCCACCAGCGCUUCAAGACCAGCGCAGCAGGGGUACACAUUAGAUCGGUCCGGCAGACUAGAACCGGAGGGGUUCUCCUCGAACUAAAGAAGACCACUGUGGAUAUCAGGGCCUCAUUCACGGAAACCCUGAGAAAAGAGGUAGGAGAAACGAGCAGCAUCACGGAACUGGUCCCUAGAGCUACGCUAGAGAUACGGGACUGUGACUGCUGCACCUCGUCGAUAGAAGUCGAGGAGGACCUGAAGAGGAUGCUGCCAGGCUACGCGGGGAAAAUCGAAAUUAAGAUGACGAACACCAACGCAAGACAACAACGCUUGGCCCACGUCAAAAUAGAAGAGGAAGCAGCAGCGAAGCUUUUAAAGGCCGGCCGAGGGCUGGUCGGUUUUGUCAGCUGUAGGGUCAAGCGAAGGGUAAAUGUGAAGCGAUGCUUCCGCUGUCUCGACUAUGGUCACCAAAGUGCCUCGUGCAAUGGACCUGAUCGAAGUAAAUUGUGCUAUUUCUGCGGGAGCACGGGGCGCAAGAUCAAAGAAUGCAAGGAAGCACCUGGCGGGAUCAAGGCCCUGCAAAGAUUUCCAGGAGGCCCAUGCAACAGCAAGGAAGUAGAAAAAUGGAUGAGAGUACUUCAGGGUAACCUGAAUAGGAGCAGGACGGCGCAUCACCUUCUAGCCCAUCUCUGCUCUGAGAAAAAAGCUGAUUUUGUUCUAAUCAGCGAACAGUACCAGGACAGAGCAGGAGUUACGAGACAUAACUCGACGACUUAUGUAAGUGUAUAUCUCACUCCGAACGACCGGAUAGACGACUUACAGAUCAAACUGGACGAUCUGGAAGACGCGCUGCGGGAAAUAGAAGGGGAUCUCAUUGUGGCUGGAGACCUCAAUGCCAAAGCUCUCGAAUGGGGGGAGGCCAGGCCUGACUCCAUAGGAAGACGUAUCAUGGAGGUGGCGUUGAGACUGGAGCUAUCAGUACUAAACACAGGGUCGACGUCAACCUUCUGCAGACCUGGAUAUAGAGAGACGAUACCGGAUGUCUCUCUAGCCAACGAACACCUUGUGGUAAGAGUCGCAGGCUGGCAGGUUAUCGAGAAUUAUACCGGGAGCGAUCAUCAGUACUUCCUAUUCGAUGUACAUAGAAGGCCAGCCGUGACAAGUGUGAAGCGACCCCUCCAGUGGAACAUUGCAAGAAUGGAUCGAGAGAGGCUGUCUUCGGUCAUUGAGGAAGGAUGGGGAUCCCAACAAAGUACUUCCGCGAGUCUAUCGCCUCCCGCACAAGCCAGGUUGAUUAGCGCAGCAACCAUGCAACUCAUCCAAAAGGCUUGCGCGAUAGCGGUGCCAAAGAAUGGCACAAAACGGCAGAGAUGCUCUGUAUACUGGUGGACGAACGAGAUCGCAGAUCUUCGUAAGAAGUGCUUAAGGCUACGCCGUUUAGUACAACGAGCGAAGAGACACGACCACGACGCUGCUCUUUUGGCCGCAGACUAUCAAGCAGCUAAGAAAGCCCUGAAGGGGACCGUCAAGACCAGUGAACGACGGUGCUGGAAGGAGCUAUGCCUGGAUGUCGUCCAGAAUCCGUGGGGAUUAGGGUACCUCAUCGUCACUCGCAGGCUGGGGACUAACACGCAAGGGACCCCUCAGGACGCGAGGACGUUGGAUCACAACGUGCAUACUCUAUUCCUCUCACAGCCGAAGAGAGAGGUCAGCUUGGAUGCGCCCGGCAUAAUCGAGGUACCGCAAUUCACGGAAGAAGAGCUACUCACGGAAGAAGAGCCGAAUCUUCUAUGCGGAACAAGAAAGCUCCAGGUACAGACGGAAUUCCAGCAGAAAUAA